AUGCAACAACCAUUACACCAGUUCGAGCUGAACGAAAGCACACGCACCACAGCUGCACUGCGCCCCCCUGUUCUCACUGAUGGAGUGGUACAGCCCAGUUCCUCUCCUCCUCCUCCUCCUCCUCCUCCUCUUGCUGCUGUGCCCUCCAUCUCUCCAUUUCCUUUGAUUCUGUUUCUCCUUGAGGACGGAUUCAGGCCUUCCUGCAGAGCAGAUCUCUUGGUUUCUCAUCCUCUGUCUCUUCAUCCUUCUUUGAAAAGAGGACAAGGUGAGCAAGGAUCACAAGGCAACAUAAAGAAGGAAAGCCCAGGAAAACCUGCCGGAUUCCUUGAUCCCAUUCCCACAUGGAAGCAAAAGCCAAAGGAGCGUCGAAGUCUGCCUCCAAAGCAGAGAAGAAGGAGGCAGCCCCAUCGCCAAAACAAGACCCCGUCUCUGCUGAACCCGCAGAGCCCGAGAAGCCGGCGGAAGAUGGAGAGACCAACCAACAGGGGGCAGCGGAGUCCGCAGGAAGUAGCUGCGAAACCUUAGAAAAUUUGAAGCCUUUCCUGAUUGGAGGAGCUGUCAUAGCCCUUGGAGCUGUAUUGGUGGGCGUAAUCUUAUUAGCCAAGAAAAACUGACCCAAGGCCUAAGAUUAAUUGUUAAACAGUGGGGUUGAUUACUUCACAGACUAUUCAAGUUUAUAUAAAGGGGUGGGGAGUCACUAGCGGGGUGAACAUAUGUCCUAUUUGUCCUGAACAUGUGCUGGCCAGGAUUUCCAAAUUGCCAAAAAUGUCCGGGUUUUGGCUUUGAUUUUCAUAAUGACUGAAAAGUAGCAUGCAGGCAUUUUACAUAAUCGACCAAUCGUGGCACACGCGAAGGUGGGCUCUACAGAGAACGGCCAAAGCAAUGCAAAUUCACAUAGAUACAA